CAUUUCUGCCGCCUCGACGAUUCCCCGUCCUAUAUAUACCUGCCUCUGCUUACCCUUUCUCUCAUUCGAUUCGUAAUAUCAUCUACUCCUUUGAAAGCUCCGAAGUCUCCUUAUUUUCGUUUUUGCAAAAGCUCUAAAGUCUCCUUCAAAGCUCAAGAUGCAGAUCUUCGUUAAGACCCUCACCGGGAAGACCAUUACCCUCGAGGUUGAAAGCUCAGAUACCAUCGACAACGUUAAGGCUAAGAUCCAGGAUAAAGAGGGAAUCCCCCCGGACCAGCAGCGUCUGAUCUUCGCUGGAAAGCAGCUCGAGGACGGACGUACCCUUGCCGACUACAACAUUCAGAAAGAGUCUACACUCCACCUCGUCCUAAGGCUCAGGGGAGGGAUGCAAAUCUUUGUGAAGACCCUCACCGGAAAGACAAUUACCCUCGAGGUGGAGAGCUCUGACACUAUUGAUAACGUCAAAGCUAAGAUCCAGGACAAGGAGGGAAUUCCCCCAGACCAGCAGCGUUUGAUCUUUGCCGGAAAGCAGCUUGAAGACGGCCGAACCCUUGCAGACUACAAUAUCCAGAAGGAAUCCACUCUCCACCUUGUUCUCAGGCUAAGGGGUGGGAUGCAGAUAUUCGUUAAGACCCUCACUGGUAAGACCAUUACCCUUGAGGUUGAAAGCUCCGACACCAUCGAUAAUGUCAAGGCCAAGAUUCAGGACAAAGAAGGUAUCCCCCCAGACCAGCAGCGUUUGAUAUUCGCUGGUAAGCAGCUCGAGGAUGGCCGUACCCUUGCUGACUACAACAUCCAGAAAGAGUCUACCCUCCACUUGGUGCUUCGGUUGAGAGGUGGCAUGCAAAUCUUCGUGAAGACGCUUACCGGCAAGACCAUCACCCUGGAGGUUGAGAGCUCGGACACCAUAGAUAACGUGAAGGCCAAGAUCCAGGACAAGGAGGGUAUUCCUCCUGACCAACAGAGGCUUAUCUUUGCUGGAAAGCAGCUUGAUGACGGCCGGACCUUGGCUGAUUACAAUAUCCAAAAGGAGUCUACCCUUCACUUGGUUUUGCGUCUGAGGGGUGGUAUGCAAAUUUUUGUCAAGACACUCACGGGAAAGACCAUUACCCUGGAGGUAGAAAGCUCUGAUACGAUUGACAAUGUUAAGGCCAAAAUCCAGGACAAGGAGGGGAUCCCACCGGACCAGCAGAGGCUGAUCUUCGCUGGAAAGCAGCUUGAAGAUGGGAGGACCCUUGCGGAUUAUAACAUCCAAAAGGAGUCGACCCUUCACUUGGUGCUGCGUCUUCGUGGUGGGAUGCAGAUAUUUGUGAAGACCCUGACAGGGAAGACCAUCACCCUGGAGGUGGAAAGUUCUGAUACGAUCGACAACGUGAAGGCGAAAAUUCAGGACAAGGAGGGUAUACCUCCAGACCAGCAGCGUCUCAUCUUCGCUGGGAAACAGCUUGAGGAUGGACGAACCCUCGCCGACUAUAACAUUCAGAAGGAAUCUACCCUUCACCUUGUCCUCCGUCUUCGUGGUGGCCUUUGAAUCUUUCUGAAGGGGUCUGUGAAAUGGGUGUUGGUAGUCAGCUCAUGUGGUGGUGGAUAAUGAAUAAAUAAGGUUUCUUUUUUCUCUUUUGACAUGCAGGUUCGUCGGAUAACGGCGAUUAUUUAGUGAGGGCGGAAGAUUGGGUUUUUUUUUUUUUUUAAUAAAUUAUGUUUGUGUUAGUACUUACGGGUUGUGUAUCCCCCCCCCUCCCCCUUGAAAAUAGUAAUAGCUAUGUUUCUUUAGUAACCACUCUUUGGUUUCUUAUUUUGUUACUCAUUUUCAUGUUUUUUGCUUUCGGUAAUCAUCUUUGAUAUGGAUUCGUCUGA